AUGGCGGCAGCUCAGAAGCUUUAUCCACGAGGGACAGUUAAGCGCAUUGUCAAAGCCCACUCCAAUCGGAGCGUGAGUAAGAAUGCAGACAUCCUGAUUUUCUUGGACUACAUGCUAUUCAUGCAAGAGUGCGUCUCCCUCUAUCCUUUGUCUUGGUGGCUUGGUCUGCCGGUCGCAACCCUCCGAUUCGCGUUAAUGCACGAGGCAUCGAUUCGGUCGCACAAGUCCGGCGAGAAGAACAUAUCAGCGAAUACCGUGCGCAAAGUCACUGAGAAAACACUGCGAAAGUUCCAGGGAUAG